UUCAAAAACAACCACUUCCGCGCUUCUUUCCCAGCUCUCUCUCUCUCUCUCUCUCUCUAUUGCAAUUCUCCUAGUUUCUGCAAACGAAAGGCCAUGGCCAUCGUCUUCCCACACUCCCAAUCCACCACCACCCUUCAUGAUCCUCUUUUGCCCUGGAUGUGGUCGGUGAAGAAAGCCCUAGAAGAAUUGAACUCCGGCAAAGAUUCUGGAUUGGAUUUGAGCAAGCUUCUAUCAGAUUGCAUCACAACUUUCAAGAACAAUGGCCAGUAUCGAAACGACAUUAGAUUCCUUAAGAUUUGGUUCCUACAUAUCGGAUUCAGUGAAGAUUUUGGAACCAUUUUCACUGACAUGUUGGAAAGUAAAAUAUGUGUUGGCCAUUCUGUUCUUUAUAUCUGGUAUGCAUCGUUUCUAGAGGCAAAAGGGAAGUUAUUCGAUGCGCAAAUGGUUUACCAGAUGGGAAUUAUGAGAAAUGCUGAACCAGUUGAGAUGAUGAAGAAAGCACAAGCCUUAUUUCUUGAUAGAAUGUCUGACAUAAUCAAUGCAUCUCCACCUAAGAAGAAUGAUGAUGAUGAAUCCAUUAAAUCCGGAAAUUGUCACAUCAACCCUUGGUCCAGUUCUGUGAUAAAAGACCUAUUGAAGAAGAUGAAUCCUCAAAUUACAAAAUACGAUGGAUACCAUUCAAGUGCUAAAGCUUACCCAGGAAAAGUGGCUUUAUCUUCUUUGAAGAAUUCAUCAAGAAAUAAAAUUAUUGAAAUAGGUGGAAAGAAGUACCAGAUCAAGGGCUGUGCAGGUCAAGGUGGUUUUGCUCAAGUAUAUAAAGCAUAUGUCAACAGUAAUCCGGAUGAAGUCGUUGCAUUAAAGAUACAGAAGCCCGCUUUCCCUUGGGAGUUCUAUAUGUAUCGCCAACUUGAUCAGCGCAUCCCAGCCAAGGAGAGGUCAAGCUUUGGUUUUGCUCAUCGAAUGCAUCUUUAUUCUGACUGUAGCAUCCUCAUCUGUGACUAUCUAGCUCAUGGAACACUUCAGGAUGCUAUAAAUGCUUAUGUUGUUGUGGCAAAGCCAAUGGAAGAAGUAUUAUGCAUUUACUACACUAUAGAAAUGCUCCACAUGCUAGAAACUUUGCAUGGUGCUGGCAUUAUUCAUGGAGAUUUCAAGCCCGAUAAUUUGAUUAUUCGCUAUGCUAGGGAUGACCUAGUAGAAGAUGGAUUUCGUGAACGAAGUGGACCUUGGCUUGACCAGGGUCUUUACCUUAUUGACUGGGGAAGGGGGAUAGAUUUGCAUCUCUUUCCUGACAAUGCAGAAUUCAAUGGAGAUUGCCGGACUUCUGGCUUCCGUUGUAUCGAAAUGCAACAGAAUAAGCCAUGGAAAUUUCAGGUAGAUACUUAUGGUCUCUGUGUCAUUGCCCAUAUGAUGCUGCAUGGUUCGUACAUGGAAAUUGAACAGAAAGCAUCAACUGAUGGUGGCUAUAUUUAUCUACCCAAGACAUCUUUUAAACGAUACUGGAAUGUUGAUCUCUGGAAGAAUCUCUUUACAAAACUGCUCAACAAUAACCAUAGUGAUAAAGACAAGGAGUUGUUACAGAAUUUAAGGGAGUCCUUCCAGGAUUAUAUGUGUUCCAAUCCUCAGCUUAUAAGAAAACUAAAAGAGUUAUUGGCAAAGCAAAGAGCUUCCUUGUGUUCUAAUUAGUGCUGGCUCUAUCCACUUGUGUGCCAUUCUCCAUUGCUAAAUGUAAUUUGCUUAUCAACAAAAAUAAAUUUAGGUGAAAUAUCUUUCUUAGAUAUACUUCGAAAUUCAUGUACAUGAAAAAAACCCUCUAUUGAAUGACAUUGUGACUUCUAAUUUGAUA